CCUCCCUCCUUAUGAACAGGCCCUAACUUGCCCGCCAGCAGCUGACCUUGACCAGCGGUGCUUCCCAAUGAACCAAUCAGAAGAAAGUGAGAUCAACGAGUGGCAAGUUCAAAAGUUUGCCUUCGCUUCUGUUCGAUGUCGAAAUAGUAAACCUGCAUAUUUUGCCAAAGAUUUUUGCAUCUUCUCAACAUUUUCCUUAAAAAUUGUUGUGUGAGAAAAAGAAAUGACCGAGCAACAACAUAACUGUCUUUCGGACGGCGAAGAAGAUCCAGAAGAGAGUCAGAUCGACCAUCCCAUAAUCUGCCACAACGAUGGGGACAUUCGCAAAAAUCUCUUCGACGAGUUUGACGUUCCAGCAAAACAGAAGACAUCUUCGGACAGCUCUGGGCGCGAGUACAUGAAAGUUUAUUUGAGAGUUCGCCCUUUUAGUGAUGAGGAAAUCGAGGGAAAUGAAAAUCAACAAUGCGUUGAAAAAGAAAGCCGUACAACCGUCUUGAUGAACGCACCCAAGGAAUCGUUUGCAUUCAAAAACAGUACUCGCGCUGGUGGCGAGAUUUCGCAUCGAUUUUCGUUCACUAAUGUGUUCGAUGAGGAAACAACGCAAAAAUCGUUCUUUGAUGAAACAACACUACCCUUGGUGACUGAUUUCAUUCACGGACAAAAUUGCUUGGUUUUUACAUACGGAGUAACGAACUCGGGAAAGACCUACACAAUACAAGGUACCCCUAAGGAUGGUGGAGUACUGCCUAGAAGUCUUGAUGUCUUGUUUAACAGCAUCGAGGGGAAGCAUUACCACAGGAUGAAUCUUAAGCCAAGGUUCUGCACAGAUGUUACAAGACUCACAGAUGAUGAGGAACACAAGGAGAAUAAUUACAAGAGUACUUUGCUUUCAUCUCUUGAUAAAGAGACUUUUGAUCUCAAUGCUCUUCUAAAGCUGGACCAAGAUUCCACAGCUGAAUUGUCAAAAGCCAGCUGCACUGACGAAUCAGCUUUACAUAACACAUUCAGAAGUCAGGAUGGAAGAGAACAUGAAGAACCCUCUAUUGAUGUAGACGAAAACAUCUCAAGAGUAGUAGAUGACACCACAAUCAAUGUUGAUGCCCAAGGACCUGUAAAAUUUUCUGUCUGGGUGUCUUUUGCUGAAAUCUACAAUGAAACCAUCUACGACUUAUUGGAACCAUGUCCACAAGGGAAGGGCAAAAAGAGGACAACACUCAGACUUGGUGAUGAUACGAAUGGAAACCCUUACAUUAAAGGGUUAAGAGAAAUUUAUGUUUCUAAUGCUGAUGAGGCAUACAAGAUUCUUAAGAUUGGUCAAAAGAAUCAAAGAAUAGCAUCAACAAAGUUGAACCAGUGCUCUAGUCGCAGUCACUGCAUCUUCAGUGUCAAGGUUUUGAGAGUUGUGGAUGUCGAAGACCCUCAUGUGGCACGUGUCAGUAGACUAUCCUUUGUGGAUCUGGCGGGUUCUGAACGUUAUUCUAAAACACAGAGCAAAGGGGACAGACUCAAAGAAGCUGGUAACAUUAAUACAUCGCUGAUGACUCUGGGAAAAUGCCUUGAAUAUCUACGUUAUAAUCAGAGAAACCCGAGCCAACCUCUCAUCAUUCCAUUCCGUGAGAGUAAGUUGACGCGCUUAUUCCAGGGAUUUUUCUGUGGUAAAGGCCGCGCAUCCAUGAUAGUUAACGUCAAUAUGUGUGCUUCCAUGUUUGACGAGACCUUCCACGUGAUGAAGUUUUCAGCUAUCGCUAAAAAGGUAACUACCAGGGUAACAAAGCCAGUGGAUUUACCUCCACCAUCAAAGAAGGCGCGCGAUUCAGCCCCUACACCGCGCUCCAAACCAGCAAGACCCUCUGUGCCAUGGGCCAAUGGAGCGCUCACCACACCAGCCCCUCCGGAUGACGCUCCAAUACCGGAGGUGGAUGAAGAGGAUGAAGAAAACGAAGCCACGACGGCGGAGCUUGGUGCUUAUCAGCAGCAACUAAUGGACCUGGUCAAGGUUCUCCAAGAAAAACUGAUCGAAGAGAAACGGAAGAUGCAGACAUUAGAAAUGAAGAUACGAGAGGAAGUGUGUCAAGAAAUGGCGGAACAGCUGGUCUCCAUUGAGAAAGCUUACAGGGAGAAACAACACCUCAUAAGUGAACAGAACGCGAAGAUCGCCGAGCUUCGACAAGAAGUGAAGCAGUUGAAAGAAAGCAGAAACGAAGAGACUGCAACAUCUGAGGCCGUGUUAGAGUUGCAGGCCCAUUUGAAUGACGCUAAUGAGGAAGUCACCGAGCUGAAACAGAUGCUCGAAGAGGCUGGAGAGGCCUUCACCGAGAAAGAAGCUGAAAUUAGUAAACUGAGAGCAACCCUUGACGAUUUUUGCGAGGAGGGUAUAUUGGACGCUGCCUUGAAGCACCUAACUGCUGAACUAGAGAAGGUUAAAGCAACGCCCAAAGUGGAAACCGAUGUCGAUGAGCUGUCACGGACGAAAGGAGCUCUUGGAGCAACCAUGGCGAAACUGGUGGACGCGGAGAAGCAAUUAGAAACAAGAGACUCCAUGAUGAAAGAGUUAAAAGCCGAAACGCAAACUAAGGAGUUAGAGGAACACCUAGCCGAUAAAGAUGAGGCCAUUUCGUCUUUGAAGAAGGUUAUAGAAGACGCAAAGGCGACGAGGCUAGAGAAAAAUUCCCAAGCUGAAGAGAAGGAGAAAACCAUUGCUGAAAAGGUUACUGGGAUAGCUGCUUUAGCCGAGCAACUUAAUGAAGUUAAAGAGGAAUUGCACUGCACGAAAGUUGAAUUGGUUAAGGUAAAAGUCGAUAGCAGCGGAAAAGAUUCACAACUUGACAAGCUAAGGAAAGAGUUUAAUGACAAGGUGUUGGAGUUAGAGGACUCUUCAAGAAAAAUAUCCGACGCGGUUGCUGCGUUGGAAGACAUGAAAAAGCAAGGUUUGGAAAAGGAGGCUGAACUGAACAAUUUUAGGGAAGCGAAUUCAGAAACGGCAACCGAACUUGAAAGUUUAAAGAAAGCUCUUGAAGAAAAGAACGAGGCUUUGGCGAGGGCAAAAUGCGAAGCUAAUUCAACUCAAGGCACUGAAGAAUUUGAUAAAGGGAAGGCUGACGAAAUGACUAAGCAAGCAAAUAGAAUAAAAGACAUGGAAGCAGAAAUUAAAGAAAAAGCUCUUGAACUGGAAAAUGCCAAAAGCGAAAGUGCGAUACAGAUAAGUGAGUUGGAAACAGAACUGACAGAGUGUAAAAAAGAGAUAGAAAAGCUUCAGGCUGGAGAUGCUUUGACGGAAAUAGAACAGCAACUAGAAGAAUCCACGAAAGCUCUGGACAAGAAAAACAGUCAAGUUAUUGCCAGAAAUAAUACCAUUAAAAGACUCGAGAUGUCACUGGCUGAGAAAGAAAGGCUCUUGUCCGACAUGGAAAAGCUGCCAAAGGAGCCAAAUUUAAGAGCUAAAGAAGAGCUGAAGACCUUGCGAAGGCGUCUUGUGCAAGCGGAUAAAGAAAAAGAGGAAAGCAGAGAGCUCUUGGCUAAAAAAGAGGAAAAACUCGAAGAAGCCAAGCAAGAGCUCGAGAAGCUUAAAAACGAACGUGACGAGAAAUCAGCCAAGUUCUUGAGAGAACUACAAGACACAAGGACUGAACUUGCCGACGCCAAAGAAGACACAAAGAAGAAGCAAGAGCAAAUUCAGUCUUUGAAAGAAAAAUUGGAUUCUCAGAGUCUGAAGAACGCUUGUUUGCAGACACAGUUGGAGAACGAGAAGAGAGGAUUGUUAGAAAAAGAAAAAGCCUUCCAAGAAGCGAGAGAAGAAUUGAACUGUGCGAAGAGUUCGUCCGCCACCGAACUCGAUGAAGCGAGAAUGCGGCUGGCGUCGACUGAAGAAAAAUUACAAGAGUUGGAAGAUGAAGUUUUCACGGCUAACGAAACAACUUCUCGAAUUCAAGAUGAAAUGCGAAAAUAUCAGAACGAAGUAGUACCAGCCCUGGAAAACAAAGUGAAAGCUCUCGAGGAAGAACUUCUUCGCAACGGCGAAAGGGUCAAGGACGCUGAAGAGAAGCUGGAGCAGGAGUCAAGUGAAGCGCGCUCUCGAUUGGAGAAAAGAAACGAGGAAAUCGAACAGAAGGUCAAGGAAGUCAACGAGCUCAGGGAAGCCAUAAAAACCUUAGAUCAAGAAAAGUUCCAAGAACUGGAUAAGGUGUGGCAGGAAAUGAUGUCUAUGCAAAAGACCAUCGAAGAAAGAAACAAAACGAUUGACGAACAGGAACAGAAACUUCGCGAAGCGAGCUUAAAACAAGGCAAAUCCGAAGAACUAAAUCAGACAGUGACAGAGCAACUCAAAACAGAACAAGAGAAGUCCAAAGAGCAGAUUAGGACUCUAACAGAUCAACUCAAAUCACUUCGUGAAGAAAAGAGUUCUUUGGAGGGAAGACUUCGUCUUGUCACGUCAGAUGCUGGAAAAGACAAAGAAGUCAUUGCUAACCUACAAAAGGUUUUAGAGGAGCAGGAUCGCACCUUGACAGAGCAAGGCCAAGCACUGGAUGAGCGGCAAAACGAAAUAGAAACUCUCACUACAGAGCUGCAAGUCUGGCAAGAAAAGUGUGCUUUGACAACCAGAGAACUGGAGAAAAAGAAAGAGGAGAUUUCUGGUGUCAAAAAGCAAGCUUUCGUCGCCAGUGAUGAAAAAAAGAGGCUGGAAAGUCAAAUGAAGGACAUGUCCAGCAAACAAGAAUCCACCGAGCAAAAUGCGAACGUGCGACUAAUGCAAAUGGAAGAAGAAAUACGAAAGAUGAAGCAGGAUCGUUCUUGUCUUGAAGCGCAGUUGCGAAAGAGGGACGAGGAAAUACGCAAAGCCCACGAUUCAAGAGAAAACAUCGUGAAAACCAUGCACGAAGCGUUUGAAGUCGCCAAGGCUAACAAGGCUGAAUACGAAAUCAAACUGGCCACAGUCAGGGAGCAAUGUCGACAAGACCUGAAGCGGGAGAUGGAUGAGGAGCUCCGGAGAACGAAACGCGACUUCCAGCGGCAGCUGAAUGACAAAGACAAGAGUCUAGAAGAAAUCAAAAACGAGAAAGAGUCGGUGGAAAAGGCGCUGGCUGCUGAGAGAUCAGAAGCAUCCAAGACUGAUUCCUCUGCUUCGGUAAAACGAAACUAUUAUAAUGAUGUAAAUUUUUAUGUCGUUGAACGUCACUUAGGAAAGGUGUCCAUUGAUUAUAAUACAGCGAAACCUCUCCUUUGGGAUACAGGGGAUGCUUACCAGUUAGCAAAACAAUUCGGAUAUUUAGUUGCGGAGAAUGAAGAGAAGCUGGAGCAGGAGUCAAGUGAAGCGCGCUCUCGAUUGGAGAAAAGAAACGAGGAAAUCGAACAGAAGGUCAAGGAAGUGAACGAGCUCAGGGAAGCCAUAAAAACCUUAGAUAAAGAAAAGUUCCAAGAACUGGAUAAGGAAAUGAUGUCUAUGCAAAAGACCAUCGAAGAAAGAAACAAAACAAUUGACGAACAGGAACAGAAACUCCGUGAAGCGAGCUUAAAACAAGGCAAAUCCGAAGAACUAAAUCAGACAGUGACAGAGCAACUCAAAACAGAACAAGAGAAGUCCAAAGAGCAGAUUAGGACUCUAACAGAUCAACUCAAAUCACUUCGUGAAGAAAAGAGUUCUUUGGAGGGAAGACUUCGUCUUGUCACGUCAGAUGCUGGAAAAGACAAAGAAGUCAUUGCUAACCUACAAAAGGUUUUAGAGGAGCAGGAUCGCACCUUGACAGAGCAAGGCCAAGCACUGGAUGAGCGGCAAAACGAAAUAGAAACUCUCACUACAGAGCUGCAAGUCUGGCAAGAAAAGUGUGCUUUGACAACCAGAGAACUGGAGAAAAAGAAAGAGGAGAUUUCUGGUGUCAAAAAGCAAGCUUUCGUCGCCAGUGAUGAAAAAAAGAGGCUGGAAAGUCAAAUGAAGGACAUGUCCAGCAAACAAGAAUCCACCGAGCAAAAUGCGAACGUGCGACUAAUGCAAAUGGAAGAAGAAAUACGAAAGAUGAAGCAGGAUCGUUCUUGUCUUGAAGCGCAGUUGCGAAAGAGGGACGAGGAAAUACGCAAAGCCCACGAUUCAAGAGAAAACAUCGUGAAAACCAUGCACGAAGCGUUUGAAGUCGCCAAGGCUAACAAGGCUGAAUACGAAAUCAAACUGGCCACAGUCAGGGAGCAAUGUCGACAAGACCUGAAGCGGGAGAUGGAUGAGGAGCUCCGGAGAACGAAACGCGACUUCCAGCGGCAGCUGAAUGACAAAGACAAGAGUCUAGAAGAAAUCAAAAACGAGAAAGAGUCGGUGGAAAAGGCGCUGGCUGCUGAGAGAUCAGAAGCAUCCAAGACUGAUUCCUCUGCUUCGGUAAAACGAAACUAUUAUAAUGAUGUAAAUUUUUAUGUCGUUGAACGUCACUUAGGAAAGGUGUCCAUUGAUUAUAAUACAGCGAAACCUCUCCUUUGGGAUACAGGGGAUGCUUACCAGUUAGCAAAACAAUUCGGAUAUUUAGGUUGAAAGUCAAAUGGAACAAUAAUUUUCCGGAAAAUCCGUUCGGAAAUUAUAAAGUACCUCCAAAAGUAGUCCUCUUUUUCCGUUCGAAACGGAACGGCGGAACUUUCCUUACCACUUGCUUAACUUUCCAGUUUGCAGUCUUGCAUCAGCGCUUAAAUUGAGUCAACCUAGUUUUAGCUAGUCCGUGUUCCGAAGUAAUAAUUCACUUU